GACCUUCUGUUACUGUUAUCAUCAGAUUUCAAAUUCUAUCUUUAAAUCUCCCCUCCCCUACUUACCUUCCCACGAAGUUAAACCUCCACAGCUCAAACCUGGCAGAGAAACAACAGCAAACUGGACAUUAACCACUUCAAGAUAGAAAACCCAGAAACAAAGAUAGCGGAAGACGAAAACCCUCCUCUCUCUCUCGGUAUCGAGGGGCGUUCUCGAUCCGGAAAUAUGGCUGGGCAGUCGAGGAAGUGGAUGAUAGUGGUGGCAACGACGUGGAUACAGGCGUUCACGGGCACCAACUUCGACUUCUCGUCCUACUCGUCGGACCUCAAGUCGGUGCUCGGGAUUUCGCAGGUCCAGCUCAACUACCUCUCAGUAGCUUCCGACAUGGGCAAGGCCUUUGGGUGGUGCUCCGGCGUCUCCCUGAUGUACUUCCCCCUGUGGGCAGUCAUGUUCAUGGCCGCCGCCUUGGGACUCCUCGCCUACGGCCUCCAGUGGCUCGUCAUUCAGCGCGUCAUCGCGGUCCCUUAUUUCCUGAUGUUCGUGCUGUGCUUGCUAGCCGGGUGCAGCAUCUGCUGGUUCAACACAGUGUGCUUUGUUCUCUGCCUCCGCAACUUUUCUGUCAAUCGUGCUCUCGCCUUAUCCCUCACCAUCAGCUUCAACGGCCUGACUGCCGCCCUCUACAACCUUAUAGUAAGCGCGAUCAACUCCAGCAAUGACGCCUUGUACUUGUUACUGAAUGCGCUUGUCCCCCUCUUCACGUCCAGUAUAGCACUGAUCCCCGUGCUCCGACAACCGCCGCCUCAGCAGCUUUCUCCCGACACCAUCAGGCAGGACUCCCGGAUCUUCCUCUGCCUCAAUGUGAUUGCUGUUGGCACCGGCCUCUAUGUCCUCCUAAUAAAUCAUCUGUCGGGCAAUCUUUUCCGGGGCAGACUCUUCCUUGGCGGGGCCAUCUUUCUUCUGGUCUUACCCCUCGGCCUCCCUGGGAUUGUGUACGCACGGAAGUGGACCCGCCAGCUCAUCGGGGCAAGCCGUCUUUGCCUCAAACUUAAUUGGUCGUCCUUCAACCUUGUGGAUCCGGACGACCUCCAGCUCCAGAAAGAGCUUCUUGGAAGGGAGGAGACUAAUUCGAAUCGUCUUCCCAUGAAUGAGAAUUCAGGAAGGACCAGGUUGAGCUCGAGGUGGCACAUAGAAGGAUGCUGUGCAAUAAUGGAAAAAGAUGCAUUGACCGUGCUCGGGGAGGAGCACCCUGCUCGGCUGCUUCUUCGGCGACUGGAUUUCUGGCUCUACUAUCUGGCCUACUUAUGCGGGGGAACGAUCGGUCUGGUCUACAGCAACAACAUUGGGCAGAUUUCUCAGUCUCUCGGGUUCGGUGAGCAGACCAGUGCCAUAGUUACACUCUACUCGUCUUGCUCAUUUUUUGGCCGCCUGUUCUCAGCCGCUCCCGACUUCCUGCGCAACAAGGUGUACUUUGCAAGGACGGGAUGGUUUGCAAUCGCGCUCAUACCAACACCAAUUGCAUUCUGCCUGCUCUCUGCAUCGGGCAGCAUAUCGGCCCUCCGGGCUGGGACUGCCCUGAUCGGUCUGAGCUCUGGGUUCACCUUUUCUGCUGCGGUGUCUAUAACCUCCGAACUGUUUGGUCCCAACAGUGCCGGGGUAAACCACAACAUCCUUAUCACUAACAUCCCCAUUGGAUCACUCCUCUACGGUCUCCUUGCAGCUCUCGUGUACGACCAGAACGCCGAUCAGAGCUCAGGCCGAACCCAAAUAAUGAGCCUGUUUAGUGAUAGCAUGGUGUGUAUGGGAAGGAAGUGCUACUUCCAGAGUUUUAUUUGGUGGGGUUGCAUUUCUAUGGUAGGCCUACUGUGCAGCGUCUUGCUAUUCCUGAGGACGAAGCCCGCCUAUGACCAGUUCGAGGGGAACCGGAUCAGGACAGAGUCUUCAUAGCUUAUUCUUCAUUAUCAAUUCAAUCGAUUGCUUGGAUGAAUUUUGUGAUGAAAUUUGCAUACGGGAAGGUGAAGGUGUUCCGGUGAACAAAUUACAGGAAAAUAAAAGGAACGAAAAAAUGGGAGACAUUUGUUAAAGAAGGCAGCUGCUGUGACAAGAUGUCGGGUUUUCAAUUUUCCGGGCAUAAUGCAAGAUAGCCCCAACAUAAGCAAUGACAUAACCGCUGGGAUCUCAACAUGUAUGUAAAACCUGCCAGGCUUAACAAAUGUACUCUUGGAUUUUACUUACAAAUUUGUCAACUCUUUAAAUUAUAUCUCAAAUUUAACCUCCUCAGAGGAGCACAGGGUGAGCUCUAA